UUUUUUUUUUUUUUUUUUUUCUUGGGUCAUGUCGGCACUGGAGGACGCGUUGCUCGAUCAGAUUGACGGCGCCAUGGACGGCGAUCCGGACGCCGAGUCGCGUCGUGGCGGGCUUCCCGACGACGAGUGCGACGACGACCGCUGCUGCAAAGGCAACGGAGACGACGCGCCAGGCUUUAUUCCAGCAUCCCAGGCGCACGAGCGGACUCCGUUCGAGCGCAUGCCCACACCGUUCCAGAAGGCCACCGGUCCCAAGGGCGUGCUGGCAGACUAUGGCAAGUACAAGGAAUACCUCAAAGAGGAGGCCAUGAUUGAAGCCGCCAAGCGCAAGGAGCUCAUGUCGCGGUUGGCCAUGACUGGGCGAACACUCGAUUCGAGUGGGCACAAUGAAGAGGAGCUGGACGAAGACGAUUUGCUUGCCGACGACGAGUUCAUGAAGUCCUAUGCCGAAAAGCGUGUCUUGGAGCUCAAGCAACAGCAACUGGGGCGACCCAAGUUUGGCUUCAUUCGUGAAGUGAACGCAGCGCAGUAUGUGGAUGCAAUCGACAAGGAGGACAAGGGCGUGAAUGUGGUCAUUCAUCUUUACGACGCUUACUCGACCCCGUGCCAUGUCUUGAAUCAAAUUCUCGGACUCCUCGCGAAACAACACCCCUAUGUCAAGUUCCUCAAGGCUGUUGCGCGCAGUCUGAGCGACAAGUUCACCAUCGACACUCUUCCGACCAUUCUGGUGUACAAAGGCGGCGAGCUUGUCGGCAACUUUGUGCGCUUGACCGAUCGUCUUGGAGACGAGUUUGUAUUUGCAGAUGUUGAGGAGUUCCUGUCGGUGGAGCGGAUUAUAGUCCGCGAGCUGGCAGUCCCCGUGGACGAGUCUUCCAAGCGGUCAGUCUCGACUGGCUUUAGCACGAGCCGGUUACAGCGAGGAACUGUCGGACGGGCAAACGACGACGACGACGACGACGAUGAAUGAGGCGCAUGGUUCGGAUAGGUUGUUGCUCAAGCAUUUUUGUUGUUGGAAUUUUGAAGCAUUCAAGUUGCAGCAUUGCAAUGCAGGAGAGGUUAAAAAAAAUCUAUUCGAUUGCUUGAUAGAUGUAGCACUAACACGAUAAACCAACUUGAAACAGUAUCCCGCAGACUGGCGGUACUGAACAAGAACGCAAGA